CCUGCGCCCGCGCCCGCGCCGACACUUUCAGCCCCGAGCCGCGGCCGCUCAGGUCGGACCCACGCGCAGCGGCCGGAGAUGCAGCGGGGCGCCGGGCUGUGCCUGCGACUGUGGCUCUGCCUGGGGCUCCUAGACGGCCUGGUGAGUGGCUACUCCAUGACCCCCCCAACCUUGAACAUCACAGAGGAGUCACACGUCGUUGACACCGGUGACAGCCUGUCCAUCUCCUGCAGGGGACAGCACCCCCUGGAGUGGGCCUGGCCAGGAGCCCAGGAGGCACCAGCCCCUGGGGACAAGGACAGCGAGGACACGGGGGUGGUGCGAGACUGUGAGGGCACAGAUGCCAGGCCCUACUGCAAGGUGUUGCUGCUGCGUGAGGUGCACGCCAACGACACAGGCAGCUACGUCUGCUACUACAAGUACAUCAAGGCCCGCAUCGAGGGCACCACGGCCGCCAGCUCCUACGUGUUUGUGAGAGACUUCGAGCAGCCAUUCAUCAACAAGCCUGACACGCUCCUGGUCAACAGGAAAGACGCCAUGUGGGUGCCCUGUCUGGUGUCCAUCCCUGGCCUCAACGUCACGCUGCGCUCGCAAAGCUCGGUGCUGUGGCCAGACGGGCAGGAGGUGGUGUGGGACGACCGGCGGGGCAUGCGGGUGUCCACGCCGCUGCUGCGCGAGGCCCUGUACCUGCAGUGCGAGACCACCUGGGGGGACCAGGACUUCCUUUCCAACCCCUUCCUCGUGCACAUCACAGGCAACGAGCUCUAUGACAUCCAGCUGUUGCCCAAGAAGUCGCUGGAGCUGCUGGUAGGGGAGAAGCUGGUCCUGAACUGCACCGUGUGGGCUGAGUUCAACUCGGGUGUCACCUUCGACUGGGACUACCCAGGGAAGCAGGCAGAGCGGGGUAAGUGGGUGCCCGAGCGACGCUCCCAGCAGACCCACACAGAGCUCUCCAGCAUCCUGACCAUCCACAACGUCAGCCAGCACGACCUGGGCUCGUACGUGUGCGAGGCCAACAACGGCAUCCAGCGGUUUCGGGAGAGCACCGAGGUCAUUGUGCAUGAAAAGCCCUUCAUCAGCGUCGAGUGGCUUAAAGGACCCAUCCUGGAGGCCACGGCAGGAGACGAGCUGGUGAAGCUGCCUGUGAAGCUGGCGGCGUACCCUCCACCCGAGUUCCAAUGGUACAAGGAUGGAAAGGCACUGUCCGGGCGCCACAGUCCACAUGCCCUAGUGCUCAAGGAGGUGACAGAGGCCAGCACGGGCAUCUACACCCUCGCCUUGUGGAACUCCGCUGCUGGCCUCAGACGCAACAUCAGCCUGGAGCUGGUGGUGAAUGUGCCCCCCCACAUACACGAGAAGGAGGCCUCCUCCCCCAGCAUCUACUCGCGCCACAGCCGCCAGGCCCUCACCUGCACGGCCUAUGGUGUGCCCCUGCCCCUCAGCAUCCAUUGGCACUGGCGGCCCUGGACACCCUGCAAGAUGUUUGCCCAGCGUAGUCUCCGGCGGCGGCAGCAGCGAGACCUCAUGCCACGGUGCCGCGACUGGAGGGCAGUGACCACGCAGGACGCUGUGAACCCCAUCGAGAGCCUGGAUACCUGGACCGAGUUUGUGGAGGGGAAGAAUAAGACCGUGAGCAAGCUGGUGAUCCAGAAUGCCAACGUGUCCGCCAUGUACAAGUGUGUGGUCUCCAACAAGGUGGGCCAGGAUGAGCGGCUCAUCUACUUCUAUGUGACCACCAUCCCCGACGGCUUCAGCAUCGAAUCCAAGCCAUCCGAGGAGCUACUAGAGGGCCAGCCCGUGCUCCUGAGCUGCCAAGCGGACAGCUACAAGUACGAGCAUCUGCGCUGGUACCGCCUCAACCUGUCCACGCUGCACGAUGCGCACGGGAACCCGCUGCUGCUGGACUGCAAGAACGUGCAUCUGUUCGCCACCCCUCUGGCCGCCAGCCUGGAGGAGGUGGCGCCUGGGGCGCGCCACGCCACGCUCAGCCUGAGUAUCCCCCGCGUCGCGCCCGAGCAUGAGGGCCACUAUGUGUGCGAAGUGCAAGACCGGCGCAGCCAUGACAAGCACUGCCAUAAGAAGUACCUGUCGGUGCAGGCCCUGGAAGCCCCUCGGCUCACGCAGAACUUGACCGACCUCCUGGUGAACGUAAGCGACUCCCUGGAGAUGCAGUGCUUGGUGGCUGGAGCGCACGCGCCCAGCAUCGUGUGGUACAAAGACGAGAGGCUGCUGGAGGAAAAGUCUGGAGUCGACUUGGCGGACUCCAACCAGAAGCUGAGCAUCCAGCGCGUGCGCGAGGAGGAUGCGGGACGCUAUCUGUGCAGCGUGUGCAACGCCAAGGGCUGCGUCAACUCCUCCGCCAGCGUGGCCGUGGAAGGCUCUGAAGAUAAGGGCAGCAUGGAGAUCGUGAUCCUUGUCGGUACCGGGGUCAUCGCUGUCUUCUUCUGGGUCCUCCUCCUCCUCAUCUUCUGUAACAUGAGGAGGCCGGCCCACGCAGACAUCAAGACGGGCUACCUGUCCAUCAUCAUGGACCCCGGGGAGGUGCCUCUGGAGGAGCAAUGCGAAUACCUGUCCUACGACGCCAGCCAGUGGGAGUUCCCCCGAGAGCGGCUGCACCUGGGGAGAGUGCUCGGCUACGGCGCCUUCGGAAAGGUGGUGGAAGCCUCCGCUUUCGGCAUCCACAAGGGCAGCAGCUGUGACACCGUGGCCGUGAAAAUGCUGAAAGAGGGCGCCACAGCUAGCGAGCACCGCGCGCUGAUGUCGGAGCUCAAGAUCCUAAUUCACAUCGGUAACCACCUCAACGUGGUCAACCUCCUGGGGGCGUGCACCAAGCCCAAGGGCCCCCUCAUGGUGAUCGUGGAGUACUGCAAGUACGGCAACCUCUCCAACUUCCUGCGCGCCAAGCGGGAGACCUUCAGCCCCUAUGCAGAGAAGUCUCCCGAGCAGCGCGGACGCCUCCGCGCCAUGGUGGAGCUGGCCAGGCUGGAUCGGAGGCCAGGGAGCAGCGACAGGGUCCUCUUUGCUCGGUUCCCGAAGAACGAGGGCGGAGCGAGGCGGGCUUCUCCAGACCAAGACGCUGAGGACCUGUGGCUGAGCCCGCUGACCAUGGAAGAUCUUGUCUGCUACAGCUUCCAGGUGGCCAGAGGGAUGGAGUUCCUGGCUUCCCGAAAGUGCAUCCACAGAGACCUGGCUGCUCGGAACAUUCUGCUGUCAGAAAGCGACGUGGUGAAGAUCUGUGACUUUGGCCUUGCCCGGGACAUCUACAAAGACCCUGAUUACGUCCGCAAGGGCAGCGCCCGGCUGCCCCUGAAGUGGAUGGCCCCUGAAAGCAUCUUUGACAAGGUGUACACCACGCAGAGUGACGUGUGGUCCUUUGGGGUGCUGCUCUGGGAGAUCUUCUCUCUGGGGGCCUCCCCAUACCCUGGGGUGCAGAUCAAUGAGGAGUUCUGCCAGCGGCUGAGAGACGGCACGAGGAUGAGGGCCCCGGAGCUGGCCACUCCUGCCAUACGCCGCAUCAUGCUGAACUGCUGGUCUGGAGACCCCAAGGCGAGACCUGCGUUCUCGGAGCUGGUGGAGAUCCUGGGGGACCUGCUCCAGGGCGGGGGCCUGCAAGAGGAAGAGGUGGCCUGCAUGGCCCCACGUGGCUCUCAGAGCUCAGAAGAGGGCAGCUUCUCGCAGGUGUCCACCGUGGCCCUGCACAUCGCCCAGGCUGACGCUGAGGACAGCCCGCCAAGCCUGCAGUGCCACAGCCUGGCAGCCAGGUAUUACAACUGGGUGUCCUUUCCCGGGUGCCUGGCCAGAGGGACUCAGACCCGUGGUUCCUCCCGGAUGAAGACAUUUGAAGAAUUCCCCAUGACCCCAAUCACCUACAAGGCUUCUGUGGACAACCAGACGGACAGUGGGAUGGUGCUGGCCUCGGAGGAGUUUGAGCAGAUAGAGAGCAGGCAUAGACGAGAAAGCAGCUUCAGCUGUAAAGGACCUGACCAGAAUGUGGAUGUGACCAGGGCGCACCCUGACUCCCAGGGGAGGCGGCGGCGGCCUGACCGGGGGGCCCGCGGAGGCCAGGUGUUUUACAACAGCGAGUAUGGCGAGCUGUCCGAGCCAAGCGAGGAGGACCACUGCUCCCCAUCUGCCCGCGUGUCUUUCUUCAUAGACAACAGCUACUAAGCAGCAUCGGACGAGGCCCCCAGCGCUCGGGGGUUCAGGCCCAGCAGGGCGGGCAGAGGGCUGGACACCCAGGUUGGGAGCUCAUCUGGUUUAACUCUGGUGGCACAGGAGUGUCCCUCCCUCCCUGCAAGCUUCUCAGCUGGGAAGAGCAGAACUCCAGGCCCGAGACCCCUGCGAUUCUGUCACCACAACUGGCCAGGACCACGCUCCAGCUGCCCGGGCUCCUCCCGCUGAGAUUCAGAUGUCAUUUAGUUCAGCAUCCACAGGUGCUGGCCCCGGGGCCAGCCCUUCCAUGGGAAUGUCUCUGAUGACCUCUUUUCAUCACACUGGGUGGCGGCCUGGUCCCUGUUUUCCCGUGAGGAAUCUGGUCUGGGAGUCACAGUGAUGGAGGUCAAGGCAUACUGGAGCAGAGUCUCCUGAACACCGUCUCCUCCACAGGCACACAGCCGUUCUUCCCGCGGAGGCCGGCUGGCCUCACCUGCCCCUUCGCAGUCGAAGGGAGGGGGGCUGUGUUUCCAUCUCAAAGAAACAAGGGAGGAAUUUGCAGGGUCCCUUGCACCCUGGGGUGGCCGCCGGUAUGACAGACCGGUGACACAGGCAGCCUGCGCACCUGAGCCUGGGUGUCAAGAAUCAUUCUGCAGGUCUUUUUCAACAGCUUCGCAGACUGUGUAGCUGCUUUGAAGAAUUUGCUUUCCAAAUUCAGUGUGGAAGGCGCCCAGGGACAGUUACACUGAGUCUAGAUGACUCUGGCACCCGCCCCAGGUCAGGGCCAGCAAAGCAGUCAGCGCCUCUGGAGAAGGCCCCCCGCUCUCCCACCUGGCCGAGACUCGAAGGAGCCUGGAUCUGGAGCUGCCGGUCUGGUUCUUCCCUUUAGAGCCUGGAUCUGCCACCUGCGGCCCCUCCUAAGCCGUGAACCAGCUCAUGAGAGAUGAGCACCAUGGGAUCCACUCAGGAAGGCUCGGGGCUGGCAUGAAGGACCACCCAGCAUUGCCCUGUGCCACCCAGCACUCAGUGGACAUUCUGGGGCCCUGCCUUCGGCCUUUUCCUGGCCUGCGCCUGACAUCAGCACCCUGGCUGGUCAGAACGCCACCCUCCCAGAGGAGCAGCCAGAGAUCCUCUGAAGGCUGGAGCCAUUCUGCUCAGGACCCCUAUCCCAGCUCAGAGUGCCCAAACCCCUCACCAGGAGAAAGACCCACGUCCCCCGUUAGAACCACGGAGACUCACCACCACCCUGACUCCCCAAACCCACCCCACAAGAUGCUUGCAGGACAGGCUCCACGCAGCGAGCAGGGGCUCGAUCGGCUGACCCUCCCACCUCCCUUCCCUCCCCACCUCCCCUCCCCUUCCCACCUCCCCUUCCCUCCCCACCUCCCCCAGUGCAUGUUACUCCAGGAUACGUUGAAUUCAUGUAUAAGGUCAUCUUCAUUGUCCCUGGGACCUCCCCUUCCUCUGCACCUCCUCCAACGUGGGACUGGCCUGUCGGGCUUCCCUAAGAGGAGCCCGAGGCUGUUCUCUGCAGAGGACCAGCCCGCCCAGUGCGCACUUCUCCUGUCUUCUCACUGCCCACCCAGGCAUGUACCCGGAAGAAAACCAACUAUGCCUUUCUAGACCAUGUUCUCAGAAAAGAUUGAAAAUAUUUAACAAGAGAUAAUAAUAAAUCUGAUGCCAGUC